CCGUGCGAUGCUUCGGAGCCGGCCGCGAGGAGCUCCAUGUUGGCGGCGCCCGCUCCGCUCCGCGCCGGCUCUCCCGGAGAUACUUGCUGACAAACUGCAUGCCUCGGAGGGGAACGAGACGCACCAGCAAGUCACAAAGCUGGUCUUGUGAGCUGACUUUGGAACUGCAGGAUGGAGAGGCAGAAACUGCUGACCCCAGUGAAUAACUACGGGUCUCAGGAUGGAGACGAGCGGCCAAGGUUGGGCUCCGUUUCCUUUCACCCAGAAGAGGAGGAACUCCGCAGGCGGCUCAAGUACUACUUCAUGAGUCCCUGUGACAAGUUUCGUGCCAAAGGCCGGAAGCCGUUCAAGUUGGUCCUGCAGCUGAUCAAGAUCCUAAUAGUCACUAUCCAGCUCAUCCUCUUUGGACUCAGCAAUCAAAUGGUGGUAACUUUCAAAGAGGAGAACACAAUUACAUUCAAGCACCUCUUCCUGAAGAACUAUGCAGACGGGUCAGAGGAAACCUAUGCGGUCUAUACACAGGCAGAUGUCUACGACCACAUGUUCUAUGCGGUGGAUAAGUACUUGGCCAUCCCAAAUGAGACCAUUGGGCGCUACGCCUAUGUGCGGACAACCCGUGCUAACCAGUCGGCGCUCAUGCUCUGCCAGCAAUAUUACCGCAAAGGGAGGAUUGAUCCGGCCAAUGACACCUUCAACAUCGACCCCAAGGUCAUCACAGAGUGCCUGGGUGUCGAUCCUCCAGAGAAGACACUCUCUCCAUUGGACUUUGAUGAGACGUUUCCAGACUUCCUGGAGCCAGACCGCAGCUACAGGAACUUUACUCUCAAGUUUUACAAGCUCAUUAAUGUCACCAUCCAGUUCAAGCUGAAAGCCAUAAACAUCCAAACAAUCAUCAACAAUGAAAUUCCAGACUGCUACACAUUUUCCAUCACAAUCACGUUUGACAACAAAGCACACAGUGGCAGAGUGAAGAUCUCCUUGGACAACAAAGUGGACAUCCAGGAGUGCAAGGACCCAAGUGUCUAUGGCAAAGGAGACAACCGUUUCCGGAUGUUCUUUGAUGUGGUUGUGCUCCUCGUCUGUGUGCUGUCCUUCAUCUUGUGUUCCCGCUCGAUCAUCAGAGGGCUUCUACUGCAGCAUGAGUUCAGCCAUUUCUUCCAGCGCCACUACGACCAAGACAUCUGCCUAUCCGACCGCAUGGAAUUUGUGAACGGCUGGUACAUCUUGCUCGUGGUGAGCGACAUCUUCACUGUGUCGGGGACCAUAAUGAAGAUUGGGAUUGAGUCCAAGAACUUUGCCAACUAUGACGUGUGCGGCAUCCUCCUGGGCACCUCCACGCUCCUGGUCUGGGUCGGAGUCAUGCGCUACCUCAGCUUCUUCCAGAAGUACAAUAUCCUCAUUGUCACCAUGCGGGUCGCCCUCCCCAAUGUCAUCCGCUUCUGCUGCUGCGUGGCAGUCAUCUACCUGGGCUACUGUUUCUGUGGCUGGAUCGUGCUGGGACCCUACCAUGUCAAGUUCCGCACCCUUUCCAUGGUGUCCGAGUGCCUUUUCUCCCUCAUCAAUGGGGACGACAUGUUCGUGACCUUUGCCGAGAUGCAGCAGAGCAGCUACUUGGUGUGGCUGUUCAGCCAGCUCUAUCUGUACACCUUCAUCAGCCUUUUCAUCUACAUGGUGCUCAGCCUCUUCAUUGCUCUCAUCACUGGCUCCUAUGAGACCAUCAAGCAUCAGUGCGAGGGGGAAGCGGCUGUCACGCAGCUCCACACCUACAUAGCUGAGUGCAAGGACAGCCCCAGAUCUGGCAAGUUUCGCAGGGAGAGCAGUUCCUCGUGCUCCAUCUUCUGCUGCUGUGAGCGAACCCCACUGCAGGAAACCGUGUUGGCAGUGAACUGAAAGCUCCAGCAUGGAUCAGGAAGGGACUGUUUGUUGGACCUGGCGUGGAUGUGGACUGAAGAGGCCUGUUCUGUGGCAGUGACUAAGGCAAGACGUGGCAGUUCGUGUCACAGCCUCCUGUGAGCGCUCCUUCCACGGAGAGCAGUGGAGACCGUCCUCGGCAUCUGAACGAGAGACACCUGGGGAGUGGGGGGAGAGGAAGUGGAGUUUUAAGUAGGCCUAGGCUUUCGCUGGGGCUGGAUUCGGCCCUGCUGAAGCCGUUGCUGUGUGUACCACAGGAAACCAGGCCGUUUGCCAAACAGCUGCAGCGGGGGAUAGAGUUUUUAAAAGUUUAUUUUGGAAGAAAAAGGUUUCAUAAAAAAAGGUCAUGUCACAAGUAGGUCCAGGGCAAAGCCCUUUACGUUGCUCUUGAGGGGCCUCCACCCCCUUCCAUGCCAUAUGGGGGGGGUUGGGGGGCACGUUUUAGAGGUUUUCAUUUGUCUGGGAAGGAUGGCACUAGAGUAUUGCUUUGUUUCGUUCAAGUGAGGGCCUCCGCAGGAUAGGCUUCUCUCCACUGUUACUGGUUUCACAUCAGACUGGCACCUGGCAGGUUCAGGAUGCUACAGAGUAAAAUGCAACGAAGCCGUUGGUUGGUGAGCAGGGGAGCUGCUGUGAAGACUACGGAGAGGAAGGGCAGGGGCUUCCCCUGCCUCACCUGGUGCUGGGCUCCCUGGGGCUCAGCUAGAGGGCCUCCUUCCCUGCCUCUCCCACUCAGUUGUGAGGAGGUCUCACUUGAGUGCCUUGGUUUGGAACGAAUCCUGUUCCAGAUCAGACGGGGAUGCCAGCCUAGGGAUGGUACAUCUCGUCCCAUCCCUCAGGCGCUCUGCUCACCUCUUGGGUCCUGACAAGUAAUACGGAGCUUGGCUUCCUUUCAAUCAUGUCUUAGUGAAUGAGUUUCUCUUUCUAGCACCGCCUUCAAAAUGUUGCACACAGGAAGAUUGGGCCGUGCUCACUGGUCAAGCAUACAGUGAAGAACAUAGGCCACCUUCAAUGGAAUGUGAGUGGGCAGGAGGGCUUGGCCAGGCCUGGAACCCCCUGCUGGCUUCUGACACAGGCUCUUGCAGCAGGGUAAUACUGGAUUGACAAAGGCAACAGAGUUCAGAGUUGACAGCCAGGCAUGGAGACACUUCCUGCAGGAUGUCUGCGCUGUGUGGCUGUCUCUUGCACACAGUUCCGUGCUGCUGGGAUUUUGCAGUGAGGGAAUGAAUGGAGAUUCCAGCAUGCACGUCAACAUUUUGGAUGAGAAGCUGACCCUGCUCCCUAUGGCUAUUGGAAAAGGGAACUUUGCUAGUUGUGGUCCAGAAGGGUGAAAACAUCCACCUCUCUCCUGAAGUUAAAGGGCUUCUGGUCCGGCCCUGACUCACUGACCAGGUUUGCACGAUCGUUGCGGCUCACUGUGGCUUAUUUAAGCCAUGAUGGGUUGCAGCGUAUACCAGUGGCCAUUUUGAAUAUUCAGCCCUGAUGGGGUAUUACCAUGGUUAGUCAUGUCAUCCAAACCCGGACGGCAAGGAUUUUUUCACCGUCAAAUAAACCAUGGUUGCUUGCAGGGUUAUUUGAGGGUUUUUUUAACCCUAAAACAACUCAACACCCUGGUUCAGACAAUAUGACAAACCAUAGCAAACCGUCCCCUCAAUCCCAGUUGGGGUUGCAUUUUCAAAAUGGCUGCCAGCAUGCACUGCAACCCACUAUGGCUAAAACAAGUCAUGGUGGGCUGCAAUGAUUAUUCUGUUUCCCCUUUACCCUGGGACAUCUUUUUUGAGCAGUAGAUCGCAGAGAAGCAUCAUUUCCCCUCCUUUCUGUGUGUGUCCUUUACAAAAACGAGCUCCAGUUCCAGAGGAUGAGAGGCAUCUUGUGACUUUUCACUUCAAGUACAGAAACGUCCACGGCCAGGGUUAGGAUUUGACUUGCUGGACUCGGGUAGAGGGAGAGACGGGGGUUGUACUCUUCCCUUCCUACCUUUCUGCUAGCUACUUGAGUUGGUAAAACAAGCACUGUUGGUUGACCAUUCAAGUAUUGUGGCCAAUUUUUUAAGUGUUAAUUUUGUAGAAUUGUAACAAAGGAGACUUAACUAAUUUGGGGUUUUGUUGUUAGCAUAAUUUAUGGGGGGAAAUGAAGUGCAAUUUUGAAUUACUGAAAUUGGUUAUUUAUAGCGAACUAUGUUAUUAAAAUAUGGAAAUAUGGAAAGAAAAUACUAAA